GCGGGCGGGCGGGCGCUGCUGCAGCCGCCGCCGCUUCCCGGGCCAGGGGGCGUGGCCCGGCCCGGGGAGGAGGCGUGUCCGUGGCGGGGUCCCUCCCCCGCCUGGCCGCGCUCGCCGGCUGCCUUCGCCUCCUUUCCUCGAGGAGCGCGAACAGUUUGGAGGAAAAAGUGGAGCCGGCCGGGUUGGAUGCGGCUGCCGACGGCGACGCCGAGCCAGGCGGCCGGGGCGGAGUAGAGAGCAUGGCCGUCUCUUCCCCCCCGAGCAUUCCCGCAACUUCCAGCGGCGGCGGCGGCGGCGGCGGAGGCAGCAGCAGCAGCAGCAGCAGCGCCGGGGGCGGCGGCGGCGGGAGCAACAACAGCAGCGGCGGCGGCGGGAGCAGCGCGGGGGGCUCGGCCGGCUUGUUCCGGGCGGUGGACCCGCUUUAUUCCUCCAGCCCCUCCGAGUCCCCGCGGCUGGCCGGCGGCGGCGGCGGCGGCGGCGGCAGCCUCAUCCACGGCUUCCUCUCCUGCAGCGCGGCGCCCGCGGGCAUCGUCGUCGGCGGGGCGGCGGGGGCAGCCGGCGGGGCCUCGUCCUCGCUGCCGGUGGCGGGGGGCAACGAGUGCAAGAUGGUCGACCUGCACGGGGUGAAGGUGGCCUCCUUCGUGGUGGACGGGCAGGAGCUGAUCUGCCUGCCGCAGGUCUUCGACCUCUUCCUCAAGCACCUGGUCGGCGGGCUGCACACCGUCUACACCAAGCUGAAGCGGCUGGACAUCGCGCCCGUGGUCUGCACCGUGGAGCAAGUGCGCAUCCUGCGCGGGCUGGGCGCCAUCCAGCCGGGCGUCAACCGCUGCAAGCUCAUCACCCGCCGGGACUUCGAAACUUUGUACGGCGACUGCACCAACGCCAGUUCACGACCAGGGAGACCCCCCAAGCGCUCUCUGGGGGUUGCGAUACAAGAGAACACGCGCCUGCUUCCCCACGGAGUGCCGGGCCUCUUAUCGCCAGGGCUUAUCUCUCCAACAGACAUAAGAACUUUAUUUUUCCCUGAUGAAACCCACGUAAAGGUUGCAGAGCUCAGGACUCUUCAAAUACAAGGCCUUACAGCCAUGGCUGAAGCAAUGAAGUUGCAGAAGAUUAAGCUUAUGGCCAUGAAUAGCCUCCAUGGAAGCGGAAGUCAGAAUGGAACCGAGUCGGAGAACGAAGAACUGAAUUCAAAUGCAGGUGGAAGUGAAUCCUCGUGGGAUAAAGAGAAGCUUCAGUCACCGAUCCCGACAGGAUCUCAUCACGGGAUUAGCCACGCGGCACUGUCAGGGCAGGCCAAUUUGGCGAGUGCCCACCCACUUAGUCCUUUGCAGCAGAACCAUCUGCUCACAAACAGGAUAGAUCUGCCAUUUAUGAUGAUGCCCCAUCCUCUUCUUCCGGUUGGCCUACCUCCUGCUUCUGUAGCGAUGGCCAUGAAUCAAAUGAACCAUCUCAAUACUAUCGCCAACAUGGCUGCAGCAGCGCAGAUGCAUAGCCCACUGUCAAGAGCUGGAGCAUCAGUAAUAAAGGAGAGGAUUCAAGACAGCCCUUCGCCUGCUCCAUCCAUAGAAGAGGGCCAGCGACCCAGUAGUCAUGCCUCUUCGCACCACAGCAGCAGUGUUUCAAGUUCUCCAUCCCAAGUCGACAACACAUCGGAUAGAAUUGGUCUGUUAUCAAAUAUUAGAGAAGGAGAAGCAAUAGAUCAAGAAUCUGGACCCAACCCCAAAAAACUCCCAAAGGAGAAAGAAGAAGUCCAGAUCGCCAUCCCAAUAAUCAAACCAACCCUAGAAAAGGUCCAACUGGCUGGACAGACUUUGCCCCCUGGAUUUCCAGCUCCAUUCCUCUUUGCUGAUGGUUUGUCUUCAGUGGAAACUCUGCUAACCAAUAUCCAGGGGCUGCUGAAGGUCGCCGUAGAUAACGCCCGAGUGCAGGAAAAGCAAAUCCAGCAGGAGAAGAAGGAAUUAAAGAUGGAACUGUGCAGGGAAAGAGAAUUGAGAGAGAACCUGGAACGGCAGCUGACAGCUGAGCUGCAAAGCAGAGCCACAAUUCAGAAGCGCUUGAAAAAGGAGAAGAAAGCGAAGAGGAAAUUGCAAGAAGCUCUGGAGUUCGAAUCAAAGAGGAGAGAGCAAGUGGAACAAGCACUGAAGCAGGCCACGACAGGGGAUGGGCUCAGAAUGCUGAACGAUGCUGGGAUUCCAGAGAUGGAAGUUGACCACAAUGGGACCCAACACGAGAAUGCAGCAAUGCAAGAAAACAGAGCCUACAUCAAACCAACCAUUAUGUAUUGAAGAUGCCUGACAUGGCAUGUUUGUGUGUGGGGAGGGGUGGGGGACAUGUAACAGUCGCUUCUGAAGAUGAUAAAAAAAAAACCUCCUGCAAAGAAGUCUCUUUCAAAACCUUGAUCAACCUUCCGUGCAGUGUGAAGACACAGUCUGGUAACGUUGCAAUACGGGCCCUUUAAUCCGGGACUCUGCAGCUCCUGUGUGGAAAAAUGGCUGACCCGUCACGGAGAAGUGUGGAGACUCGCAAGCUUUGCCAUCCCAAACUUUUUGCAGCAGAACAUUUUUAAGUCGUAGAAAAAAAACAGAACGGGGAAGAAUCAGUUUUAGCAUAUUUUAAGCACAUAUAGGUAUGAUUCCCUGGAAGAUGGCCUCUGUAGGAGGAGCUAGAGGGGGGACAAUGGUGACACCUCUGUUAUGAUGUCAUCAUGCAAAUGGCCUGCGUCCUCACGAUGUCAUUACGUAGUCACACCGGUUUUGCAAUGAGGCUAUGACACGUGUGUUGUCAUUUUGAUGGCAUCAUGGUUUGUUACGGUGCUGCAGCCCCUCCCUCCGCCCCCCACAAGCAUUACCACAACCUUCCCCGACUUGGCACCUUCCAAAUGCGUCGGGACUACAUAUCCCAAAAACUCAAUGGAGUAUAUGUGAAAUGAACCAGGUUGAGGAUGGGUGUACAACUGUUUAACAAUGGCACAAUUAAUUUAAUAAGCUGCAGUGGUUCUUUCUGGCUGUAUAAUCUACAUGUCCAGUUUUAUCACUAAAACAGUUCACCUCAGAACUGUUUCAGUUGUGUUUAUAAAUUUAAGCUUUGUUUACUGAAGCUGAAAACUCAAAUAUAUAUUACGUUUUGAAGAGAAAAGUAUGUACAUUUUUUUAAUAUGAUAAUGUAAAAAAUUGUCCUUCCUUGGAUGACCAACUGAAAAGUGUGAACUAAACUCCAAUAUUCAAUGUAACAAGGGGAUUAUAAAACUGAUGCUUUUUUAAGAAAAAAAAAAUAACUCGGUUCUUGGUCUUUUCACACCAGGGGACAAGGGAAGGAUGAACAUAUGGUAGGAUGUUAGAUAAUGGAAACUUUAAAAUAUAGUUUCUCUGUUGUAUCAUAUUAAGUUAAAAGUACACAUUCUUUGUUAAAAUGUUCUUGCUAAAAAAAACUACAGUAUUAAAACAUUUUUGUUUGACUUUGGAAA